AGGGGUUUAGGAGGAGGAGAUGAUGGGCUUUCUAACUUGCUAUAAAUGUAAAAAUCGUUAUUUUUGGAGCAAAUUGCUUUUUUUUUUGAGGUAUGGGGGGGGGGGGGCCCUUAAUCCCACACAAAAUUAGGCUAAAUAGAUUUUUAAAAGAAUGAGAAUUGAAAUACAUACAAUAUAUUAUUAUUCUAGGGUAAAAUCUCAUCAAAUUCAUCUGGUAGAAUUUCUCGUUCAAGUGAUCUUCCAUCAAUUAAUUUAAAUUUAAAUGAUAAUAUUGGUUCAUGUACAAUAACAUCAAUAACAUCACCAACACAUUUUUUUAUACAAUUAACAGAAAAAAAUAAUUUCGAACAAAUUUAUAAUAGUGUUAAUGAAACAUAUCUUGAACGUAUAUCAUGUGAUCGUAUGGCACGUUUAAAAAAUUUUUCAAUAAAUUCAUUAGGUGUUGCACGAAAUAAUCGUGAUCAACGUUUUUAUCGUGUACAAAUUAUAAAUCAUGAUCGUGAACAUAAAACACUUCUUGUACUUUGUUUUGAUUUUGGUGAAUAUAUAACAAUACAAGAAUCAUCAAUAUAUGAACUUAUAUCUGAAUAUCAAAUAUAUCCAGCACAAGCUAUUAAAUGUUCAUUAGGUUUAAUACAUUCAAUUAAUGAAGAUUGGUCACGUGAAGCUAUUAAUUUAAUGAAUCGUUUUAUUGGUGGAAAAGGUUUUAAAACAUUUCGAUUUUAUUCAUUAAAUACAUCGAUACAAACAAUAAAACUUGGUGAUUCAUCAUUACCUAUUAUAUUAUAUGAUAUGAAUACAUCAGUUAAUUCAAUAAAUGAACAAUUAGUUGAAAAAAAACUUGCAAUACCUGAUUCAAAUUAUAUGGAAUGUAUUCGUAUUGCUAAUGAUGCAAUGAAUGAUUUAAAUGGUUAUAAAAAUCAACGUAUUAGACAAUAUAUUGAAUCUCAAAGAAAUUAUACUCAACAACAAACGGAUAAAAUACAAACAACAUCAUCAGUUUUUAUUGAAAGAAAUCCAGUUGAUGUUCGAUAUGAACAACCACAAAAACAAUCAAUAAAGAAUCCAAUUAUUAAUACAACAAAUAUUGAACCAUUGCCUCUACCUGAAAAUGAAGGUUAA